AUGUUUUACCUGUGUAGAGCUGUUGUGAACACGGAUUUGUACAUGAAGGUAUUAUGUAGUUUAUCAAACAUAUAUUUUGUACAGACUUCUUCGAUAACCAUUUACAAUAUUAGCCACAGAAAGCUUGUAUACACCAGGAAGAUGGAGUUUUUCGAUGUGAUAAAGUCUGCAUCUAUUGUAGAAGACGAGAUUCUUGUUGUUUUUAGCGGAUAUUUUGUGUUUCUAGAUAAGGACCUUAAUGAAAGAGCUCGGCACAGAUUUGGCAGAUGCUCUAUAGACUAUAGGCAGGUGGGGGCAUACGUUGCACAUGGAAAAAGCAGUAUGUGUCUUGCAUCUUAUUUUGGAAAUAUGAUUUUUUACUUUUUUGAAGAUAAACUGCAGAUUCCUAUUGAGCAUUCUGUAGGUGAAAGUGUUGUUAUAGAUCUUAAGGUUAUGGAGGGUACAAGACGUUAUCUUUUAUUAGUGAGGAAUCAAAAUGGAGUGUCUGUAAGAAUUUAUGAACAUAAACUUGAAAUGAUAGAGAUGUUAAAGGAGGAAAAUGUUCCUGGGGGGUACAUCGUCGUCCCAUUGAAAGAUAGCUUUGUCGUGUUUUCGCCAGACAGAGUAUUUUUUUUCAGGAACAAUGAUAAGAUUGAGGUUUAUAAGAUCUCUCUCGGAUCAUCUGAAACUUUAACUCUCAUUGAGGCCAGCUCAAGGUGUGAAUGUAAAGAUAUAUCUGAGACUAAGAUAUUUACAUGUUACACUUCCCACUAUGAUGGAAAAUGCUUGUUAACACUAAUAGUGAAUGAAGAAGGUGAGAUUUUUAGCCUUAAGUUUACAGAUAGACUGAAGUUGGAACAUAUAGGAAGAAUAAAUCCUUCUAAGGAUAUAGAAAUACAUUCCUCUGGGCUUAUGGUCUCUGUAGGCUACAAUUCAAAUAACUGCAUGUACUAUAUAAAAAGAGAAGAUGAAAUGGUCAGUCUUGAGCUAGUUGAUGUAAUUGAAGUAAUCAAAAGAUUUUCCACCGCGACUAUCACGGCAGAUGGAAUAUACCAUGUUUACGUCUCUGAUGGUCAUUACAUUGGAGAGAUUACCGAGAAAGAACCUUUUUCUCUCUUAAAUGAGAUGAAACUUUUUGGAGAAAGGGAGGAAAAAGUACUGAGAAGUAUAUUUAGUUGCGGAGAGUUUAUAUGCGUGCAGUAUGAUGAAGAAGCCCAAUGUCUUCUUCUGGAAGGAGGAAGGAUGGCGAGCCUAUACAAAUUUGUAGCCAAAGACGAAAUAGUUGGGUAUUACAAGAUAGGAAAGAAUGAUUUCUACAUGAUGGUAGGACUGGUGAUGGUUUGUAAUAUAAGCAGUGAAAACAAUCUGACUACUAAUAAGCAUAGUAUCGAUUAUGACUCGUUUUCGGCAAAUAGCCAGUAUGUGUUUCUUGGAUAUAAGAAUAGAAUAACUAAACUUGAUUCCUCUUCGUCUGAAAACAUCGAAAUAGAAUUUACAAUUAAGGAAAUGGAAGUGAAUGAAAGAUAUUUAUUUAUACUGACUGGAAAAAGAGUCCUUAGGGUGUAUAGAAUAGAUGAUGGAAAGCUCGUAUUUAUCCAAUCGUUCCGCUUUGAUGUGAUGUUUUUGUCUCUAUUUAAUGGGUUUCUGUACACAAUUGGAACGGAGAUAUACAGAUUUAAGAUCAAUGAAGACGGGUCACUCUCACUUCCCAUAAGAAUAAGGGAAGGCGGUAAACCUACUGGAAAAAAGGAAGGAAUUGUAAUACUUGAAGAAAAAGUCAUAGAUUUGAGGCAUGAGAGAAGUUUGGAUGUUGAUGGAUUGAAGAGUGCUCUUUCGGGGGACAUGGUAGUGAUUGGUGGGAGAUGUGGACUAGAGGUUUACGAAUAUAAAAAAGACAGAGUAUUUAUGGUAGAUACAAUAAAUAAUAAAGAAGAGUGCAAAAUCAUAGGCAGGGAGGCUAUGUAUAUUGAUAAUGAUUCUGAUAACUUCAAGAUAAAAAGAUUUGAUGGGUCUCUAAUGGUAGAAGGCCAUGGAAAAGCCAUAGAGUUUUCUUCUUCGGAAUAUCAGGUUGUCUCUGCAUAUGUUAGAAGGCUUGAGAGAGAAGGUUUUGAGGACAGCUAUUUCUUAAAAGUAUACAAGAAUGGAAGCCUUCUUUAUGAUUUUGGAACUUCCUGGAAGAUCGAGGUAAUUGCUAUGAACGGAAAGGAAGUCUAUUGCGGUACGGAGAACAGCCUUUAUUGUUAUGAGAUUGGAGUGAAAACAUUGCUUAAGAAGUUUAAGGUGAAAUUUCCAUCAAAAAUAACCAGGAUGUGCGUUGGAGAGGGUAAGUUAUUUGCCGGAACAGAAAAAGACUCUGUGUUCAUGGUGAAAGACAAAAGAAUUGUUUGCAGAGAACGGCUUCCGAGGUAUGUGAUGGCUUUAGAGAAGACGAGUGAUGGGAAUUUGGUGGUGGGGGACCGAGCUGGGAAUAUAGUUAUUAUGAAGGUGAAAGAUGAUUUCCUGGUUUCAGUGGCAACAAUAUUUGUCAACGACAUGCCUAUCCAACUUAUUUCUCAGGACAAGGUUUUUGGAGUAUGUAUGAGUGGCAAGGUGAUUGAAAUUGUAAAGAUUGAAGAAAAGUUAUUUGAAUUCCUUGAAGAGCUUGGACAAAAGAUAGCAGAAGCCUUGAACAAGCCUUUUUUCCAGUCUUUCAGAAGAAAUAGAUUUAUUAGCUCAGAGCACAUUAGAGAGUUUACCAAUUUGAGUGAGCAGCAAGUUAAAGAAGUAUUGCAAAAAACCAAUAUAGAUAUUGAGAAGAUAUUUGAAGUGAUCAAUAUUAUUUGA